CUCUUUUUCAGCAGAGAUAGAGAGAGAGAGAUAAAUAGUAGCUGGGUGGGUGGGCGGUUCUGUGAAGGGAGGAGCUUGGAUAUCUCCUUUUCGCGUUGAAUAAUCUCCCUUGGCCUUUACUGUGAUUCAUUCAUAUAUGCUUUUCAUACCACAAGGAUGGAAGGAAAGAAAGAGCAGAUACAUAGAUAGUGAUACAUACCAAAAGUUGAAACGCGGAUCCUCCUUUUCUAUCCAACUCCCUGCCUAAAAGAUCAAACCUUUGAAAGAAAGGCUACUCCAAUUGGGUUCUUUUCAUUUGCCCAGAUUUGCUCCCACUUUUUCCCUUCUUUUCUUCCGGUUGGUGUUGAAUUUGGUGUUUAUUUAGGAUUGAUUUGAACACUGUGGCUGAGAUGCGGUCUGGGUUGAGCACGAUUUUGCAGACCUUAACCCCUGAGGCCGCCAGCGUGCUGAACCAUUCGAUUACCGAGGCCAGCCGCCGGAAUCACGGCCAGACGACUCCUCUGCACGUGGCGGCGACGCUGCUCGCCUCUCCGACUGGGUUUCUCCGGCAGGCCUGCAUCCGCUCCCACCCCAAUUCCUCCCAUCCGCUGCAGUGCCGGGCGCUCGAGCUAUGCUUCAGCGUGGCGCUCGAGCGGCUCCCCACUGCGCAGAACAUGCCGCCGGGGAUGGAGCCGCCGGUCUCGAACGCGCUUAAUGCUGCUCUGAAGCGCGCUCAGGCGAAUCAGCGGCGGGGGGUGCCCGGAGCAGCAGCAGCAGCCGCUGCUGGCAGUGAAAGUCGAGCUGGAGCAGUUGAUAAUAUCGAUUCUCGAUGACCCCGGCGUGAGCAGGGUGAUGAGGGAGGCGAGCUUCUCGAGCCCGGCAGUCAAGGCUACGAUCGAGCAGACCCUGAAUCCGAGCUCAAAUCAAACGCAUCUCCACCACACAGCUCCUUUGAAUUUGGGAAAUUUCGGCGGCCCUCGGUUGCUCUCGAUACCGUCGGCAUCCGCGUCUACGUCGGCGGCGCCCCCGUCACUAUCAAACCGGAAUCUGUAUCUGAAUCCGCGGCUACAACAGGGAGGGGGAUCUGGGCAGUUGGGGAAUACCAGGAAUGAAGAAAUCCGGAAGGUCCUCGAAAUUCUGACGAGGGGUAAGAAAAGGAACCCUAUUUUGGUAGGUGAGGGAGAGCCAGAGGCCGUGGUGAAGGAUUUAUUCAGGAAGAUCGAGAAAAGGGAGCUUGGGGUUGCCGGAGAAGGCCCUCUCAAGAAUGUUCAAGUGAUCCCAAUCGACAAGGACUUAUGUUCAGACAAGAAUGAGAUUCCAGCCAAGAUCAAUGAAAUGGGAUUCCUGAUUCGGAAUAUGUUAGGGAAUGGUGGGGUAAUUCUCGAUUUGGGCGAUUUGAAAUGGAUGGUGGAACAGGCUGCCGCAGGCUCAGCUGGUGGUGGUGGACACCAACCGCUGGUAUCUGAUGCCAGCCGCACAGCAGUGACGGAGAUAGGGAAGCUGCUUUCUUCUUUCCGGGAGGGUUCCGGCGAAGGCAGUAGUACGAUAUGGGUUAUAGGUACUGCUACUUGUGAGACUUAUUUGAGGUGUCAGGUUUAUCAUUCUACCAUGGAAAAUGAUUGGGAUCUGCAGGCUGUGCCUAUGGCUUCUAAGCCGGCUGCUGCUAAUCCAGGGAUUUCUUCCUGGCUUGGAAAGGAAAGAUUGUUCAGCAGCCCAGGUGAAGGCCUAAAUCCAUUAAAGACCUUCCCUGUUACUGCGGCGAUGCCUGCUCCUCUACUGAGGUGCAUGAAUCAGGCUAUUGAUAGGAGGACAUCGUCGUCACCAUCCUCAUCAUCAUCAACCUGCCCUCAAUGUAUGGAGAAAUACAACCAAGAGCUGGAGAAACUGGUAUCUGAGUUUGAGAGUUCGCCUUCUGAUGCUAAUUCUGAUUCAUCUCGGCAAGCAUUGCCCCAGUGGCUGCAAGAUGCAAAGCAAAGCAGUAACGAUUCUGGCGAUAAUAAGGGAACAUCUCCAUCACACAGCAAGAGCCAAGAACUUCAGAAGCUAAAGACUCAAGCUUUACAGAAAAAGUGGAGUGAAAAAUGUUUGCAACUUCACCCGAAUUUCCACCAUAAUAAUAAUAAUGCAAGUUCGGAGAAGAGAGUCUCUCUUCCUGGUCUGGGUAUCCCAGGCUUACAGAACCUCAACUUACUUCUGCGGCAACCUUUGCAACCUAAACUGCAAACGUUGAAAAAUCUCGGGGAGAAUAUGCAAAACUCUAAACUUAUACAAACAACUAAACCCCUGGGAGAGAGUUUACAACUCAACACGCACCAAAUUGCAGCUAGCCCUCUGGAAAGCCCAGUGAGGACAGAAUUGUUUCUUGGCCAAAAACAGGCUGAAAUCAACUCCCAGAAAUCUCAAGAAGACAACACUAAGGAUUUCCUCGGUUGCUGCAUCUCUCCUGAGCCACAGAAGAAGAUACUGGACAAAUUCGCCAGUGCAUUAGAUGCUGACACAUUCAAAAAGCUCCUCAAGGGUCUCAUGGCAAAGGCAUGGUGGCAGCAGGACGCAGCCUCUGCUGUAGCUUCUGCUGUCACAAGAUGUAGGUUAGGCAAUGGAAGACAGCGCGGAAAUGCUCCGAAGGGUGAUAUUUGGUUGUUAUUCACAGGUCCUGAUAGGAUCGGGAAAAAGAAAAUGGCGUCAGUCCUUGCCCAGCAAGUGUGUGGGGCCAGUGCGGUUAUAAUACCUCUUGGCUCAAGCCGUGAUGGUGAAGAAACGGAGACAGAUUUUCGUGGUAAAACAGCGAUUGACCGCAUUGCAGAGGCUGUUAGGAAAAACCCGUUUUCUGUUAUUAUGCUAGAGGAUGUCGAUGAGGCGAAUAUGAUGGUUAGGGGGAACAUAAAACGGGCAAUGGAAAGAGGUAGGUUUGCUGAUUCCCAUGGCCGCGAAAUCAGUCUUGGCAACAUUGUGUUCAUUCUUGCUGGAAAUUGGUCUUCAGUGAGUCCAGAAAGAUAUAGAGAUGAUAAUAAGAAGUUCACAUCACUCUCUAGUGGCAAUUGUCAAUUGAGGCUAGCAAUCAGUGAGAAGAGCACAAAGCGCAAGGGGAAUUGGUUGCUUGGUGAAGACAGGGUAACGAAAGCGAGAAGAGAAGUGGUGAGUUCAGGGGUUGCUUUUGACCUGAACGAAGCGGCAGAUGAUGCUGAUGACAGAACAGAUGGAUCAAACAAUUCAAGUGAUCUCACUAUUGAGCACGAAGAAGAAGAGCUUGAGCCUGAAAAUAUGCAAUUCGCAAUCACAUCCGUACCCCACGAGCUUUUAAAUGCCGCCGAUGAUGCGAUCACUUUCAGGCCUGUUGACUUCGGCUUUGUUCGCCGUGAGAUUAGGAAGACGAUUUCCAAGAAAUUCUCCAUGGUUGUUGACGACGAAAAAGUUGUCUUUAAAGUAGAAGACGAUGCAGUAGACAGGGUCUUAGCAGGAAUGUGGCGCGGCCAGACAAGCCUAGAGGAGUGGGUGCAGAACAUCUUGGCUCCAAGCUUCGACAAAGUCCAGUCUCUGAGAUCCGUUUCCCACGACGACGUGGUUGUACGACUUCAGCUCGAACCCGAAAUAGAUUUGAGUAGCCGGAGCAGUGGAGAUUGGCUGCCUAGCAAAGUGACGGUAAUAACGAGUUGACCAUAAAGUAUAAACUACUUCAUUAUGGGAUGGAAUUCGCAUUUCAUCUUUAUUAGAGCGCCCCAUGUAAAUAUUGGUAAACUUUUGGAGGGUGGCAAGGAGAGGCUAGGGGAUAAAAGAAACGUAAAAGGAAAAAAGGUGUGAGCAAAAGUGGAUGUUGAUAGAUCAACUACAUCUUGGACGGCUCCCGCUUCUUUUUCAUUUUUCGUGCGUUAUAAAAAUUUGUUUAAUUCCUUUUUCAUUUCCAGUUAUUACAGCUGUACGAAAACAGUUUAUAAUGAUAAGUAUAUGGACAAUGAUAGCUAAGAUGGGGCAUUUUUCCUUCUUAGAGUCGUGUUUGCCUAUGCAUUUAUACACCUAAAAUAUCAUUUUAACGAAAGACGUUUG